AUGCCGAAUUAUGCGAAAUUUAUGAAAGACCUUAUGUCAAAGAAGCGCAAGCUGAAGGAAUGCGAAACAGUGGCCCUGACAGAGGAAUGCAGUGCAAUCAUCCAGAAGAAACUUCCUCCCAAGCUGAAAGAUUCGGGAAGCUUCAGUAUUCCUAUAGCCAUAGGAAAUAUUGAAGUAGGAAAAGCAUUAUGUGAUCUGGGAGAGAGUAUAAAUCUGAUGCCAUUGUCCAUGUGCAGAGCUCUUAGAAUUAAGGAACUGAAGCCAACAACGAUUUCUCUCCAGUUAGCUGAUAGAUCGAUCAGACGACCAGAUGGGGUAAUUGAGAAUGUCUUAGCUAAAAUUGACAAAUUUAUCUUCCCUGCAAAUUUUGUAAUUCUGAAUAUGGAAGAAGAUAUUGAGAUUCCCUUACUACUUGGAAAGCCAUUCCUAGCCACCGCCAGAGCAAUGAUCGAUGUGGAGCAAGGGAAACUGAUAUUGAGGAUGAACGAAGAGACAGUCACCAUUGAUGUCUUUGAGUCAAUGAAACAUCCGUCAGAUGGAGGAGACUGUUUCAUGGUUUAUAUAAUACAAGAAGCAGUUGAUGACACGAUAAAAGAGGAGAGUUCCCCACUAGAGUUAGAACAAAUCAACGAAGAAGCUGAAUUUGCUGAUAAAGAACCAGUGGUGGAAGAACUAGAAAGAAAGAAAGAUGACAUCCCUAUUGGAGCACCGAAGGUGGAGCUUUAG